AAAACUACCCUCCCGUCGCUGGAAAGUACGCGGUCCCUGCGCUCGUCGGUUCUAACCUCAGCCUCUCUCUUCGCUGCGCCUUACUCGAGACGAGAGGAGCGAAGGCGGCCGCAUCGAUGCCUUUCGACAGGGAUCCUCUGGUUCCCGUUUCCCUCUCACCUUCCUCCUCUUCUUCUCUGCCGUCUCUGAGGUCGGAUCCUCCGCCGGAGAGUUCCUGGGUCGAGGAGUACCGCCGAUCGUUCGCCCGGUGGAAGUCCUUGCGGGAUUCUACUCAGCUUCCUAUACAGCUUGCUGUAUCGAGGGUUAAUCAGUUUGAUGCAGCGCGAUUAGAUGUGGAGAUGUCGGCCAUGCUGAAGGAGCAGCUUGUCAAAGUCUUCUCCUUGAUGAAGCCAGGAUUUCUAUUUCAAUAUGAGCCGGAACUAGAUGCUUUCCUGGAGUUCCUGAUUUGGAGAUUCUCUAUUUGGGUCGAUAAGCCCACGCCAGGGAAUGCACUCAUGAACCUUAGAUACAGAGAUGAACGCGCUGUUCCUGCUGGUGGCAAAGAAGUCAGAACUGGGCUAGAAGGUCCUGGGCUUUCUGUUUCUCAAAAGCUCUGGUAUUGCAUUACCACUGUUGGUGGGCAAUAUAUAUGGUCUCGUGUACAAUCAUUCUCAGCUUUUCGCAGAUGGGGUGAUUCUGAACAGAGGUCAUUGGCACGCCGAGCCUGGAUUUUAUUACAACACAUUGAGGGGUUAUACAAAGUUGCCUCCUUUAGCAACAUGCUAGUUUUUCUUUAUUCUGGAAGGUACAGAAGUAUCAUUGAAAGGGUCCUUAGAGCAAGGCUCAUAUAUGAGAGUCCUAACAUGAAUCGUGCUGUUAGCUUUGAGUACAUGAAUCGACAGUUGGUGUUGAAUGAAUUCUCGGAGAUGUUGCUCUUGCUUCUCCCUCUAUUAAAUUCUUCGUCUGCUAGAAGACUUCUUCCAUUCUCCAAAGAUAAGUCAUCAAGUUCAUCGAGUAAUGAAACCGUCUGCCCCAUCUGCGAAUCAGAUCCUGCAAUUCCUUUUAUUGCACUUCCUUGUCAACACAGAUUUUGCUAUUACUGCCUCCGCACCCGCUGUUCUGCCGUCAAUUCAUACCGUUGUGCCCGUUGCAAUGAACCUGUCGCUGCUAUUCAACGAUACGGGGCUAGUGAGAUCAGAACAUCCACACAAGGCGAAAGCAAAGAAAUCUACAAAUAAGAUUCCUGAUGUCCGCGACACAGAUCUUGUAAAUUACCUGCAGGGGCGAAAUAUUUAUUCUUAGGAAGAAUCUCACAACUUAGAGUUAGGAGUUGAAUGAAAUUACCAAUUGUUUACACCAUAGCAAUGUAGUCUGUUUUAACUACAAAAUCAUUACAUUCAACUGUGAACGGAAUAUGAAGCUUCAAGGUGUCUGUGUGACUCCAUAUUUUUUUUUAAAGAAAAAUAUUCAAGAUCAUGUUUUGCAGAAUAUAAGCAAAAUAUGAAUUUUAUCUAAGAUUUUGUCAUGGUCAAAUUCAAUUCUUAAAUU